AUGAUAAGAACGCGCUACUUUGCAUACUUUUACCUGUUAGCUCGUCUUCUGCCUCUAAUGUUCGGAGGUCUAACACAAGCUGCCCUCAACAAAAAUCCAUCGUUGAUGAGUAAAUCUUCUCCUGCCACCAAGGUUGGAAGCAGCUUGAAUACCACAAGUCUCUCAUUCCAUCCAGAUUUGACCCUUGUACAAAAACGAUUAAUUACGACCAUUACCAUCUCCUCCACAUCUACAGACACAACUGACUGCGGUUGCACUGAAAGCACGACCUGGCUAAGCACAGCUACCGUGUCACCUUCCACACUCCCAAGCACUACGACUGCCAAAUCUACUAGUUCUGAGAACCCAACCAUCACAACUUCUACGACUCCAGUAGCUCCGGCUACGUCCACUGUCUGGAGGAAUUCGACGGAAACUUCCACACGGCUCUCCACCUCAGUGGUUGGUACUACUAUCACAUCGACAGAGUGGGAGACUAGAACAGUUAACACGACAACCACGGAGACUGCGACCUACUUGAGUACUGUCUCUCUUACAAAGGCCACAACGCUUACAGCGCCUGUUACAGGGACAUUUUCGAAAACGGCUACCAACACAGUAACUGACUCUAUCACCACAACUAUUCCAGCUGACGGUACGACAAUCUCUAUCCCAGUAACCAAAACAAUAUCAAGACAGGAGACAGUUACCAUCACUACUACUAUCCCACUCGACAAUAACAGUCACUGUUCCAAUAAUGAGAACAAUAUCAGGACAGGGGACGGCCGUUUUACAGAUGAGCCCUUGCCUAAAAAUACCCCUACUGCACCAGAUACGACAUCGGGUAACACAGAUGCAGGCCUUGUUUGGGAGACUACACUAGAAGUUACAUCGACUGUGUUGCCCUCGUUGGGCUUGCCGGCCACAGCCACCACCGAGAAACCAUCGCAGAAUUAUCAAUUUGCCCUACCCGUAUUACGAAUCCUACCUAUACCCCACCAACGCCUCUGCCUACAGACUACACCUGGGGGUGCCCUCCAGGUUAUCUCUGCCAUCCACAGAAGUCAGCGCUCGAUGGGGACUGCAACUUCGAAGCGGGGCCUCCCGCCGAUAUAUAUGUAUGCCGCCCCGAAGAAUGCAUCCCCGGCCGCCGCUUCUAUACGCAAUAUUGGGGCCCCCAGUGACAUCAGAUAG